UCCUUCAUAGGGGGAGCUCGUCAAGUUUGUGUGAGGUUGUGAAAAGUUGUCAACCCGUAAAAAGACCAGAGAAGCUCCUCCCGUCUUGAAAUUAUGAGCAAUCAGCAGCAGGGUGAAAUGGCCGCUGUGGAGAGCAGUGGAGGCUUCGCUCAAAAGCGAAACACAAAUUCUCAAGACUCACAGCAGCCAUCUCCUCUUGCCUUGUUGGCAGCCACAUGCAGUCGAAUUGACACCCCAGGAGAGAAUGAUUCACCUGCAGACCAACAGCAGCAAAACCAGCAGCAACAACUGGACAUAAACCAGGGUGUUUUCACCACCAGUGCUAACGGCUGGCAGGUUGUCCCUCUCAGCGUUCAAGCAUCCUCAGGCACCAACACCAUCACUACUGAUGCCUCAGGGGUGAUAAUGGCAGGAGACGCAGGCAAGACCAGACAGAUUCUGUCGCCAUCAGCAAGCACUCAGGGGCAGCAGCCACAGCAAUAUGUAGUAGCUCAGGCUCCUUCAAUGCAGGGUCAGCAGAUGCUUACUACCAUAUCAGGUGUGAUGCCCAAUAUUCAGUACCAGGUUAUUCCCCAGUUUCAGACAGUAGAUGGCCAGACACUGCAGUUCACACAUGCUCAGCAGGAUUCUGCUGUACCUGCUGCAGCCGGACCUGGGCAGCAGUUUCAGAUAGUGUCCUCUCCUAAUGGCCAGCAGAUAAUAGCUGCAACCAACAGAGCUGGUGCAGCAGGAAACAUCAUAACGAUGCCCGGUCUCCUUCCAGGAGCCAUCCCCCUGCAAAAUAUAAGCUUAGGCAAUAACAUGUUACAAAAUCAGCCCCAGUUCCUGGCAAAUAUGCCUGUGUCACUAAAUGGAAACAUAACUUUGCUGCCUGUCAGUACUGGAACGAGUGGAACAGGGGGAGAUGCAAAUGGUGGAGUGGAUACAGGGGGAAACCAACUUAUACAGCAACAACACUCACAACAGCCAGUGUCUUCCAACAGCGGAGCAGGUUACAUGACAAGUGUGUCCACUGUUACCACACAGACCUCUUCUUAUGGAGUAACCCAAACGCAGAACAGCAAUGGGGCGGUGACAGGGACAUUUCAGCAGAACACAACUUCCCUUGGUGUCCCGAUACAGCCAGACAACAGAGAAGGGCAGCAGUCACAGCAGAUCCUUAUCCAACCUCAGCAGGUCAUCCAGGGUGGAACACCCCUCCAGAGCAUCCAGGCCGGUACUGUCACAACUGCAGGUGGUCAGGUUUUUGCAGCUCCGACGCUCAACCAGGAAGGGCUUCAAAAUCUUCAAAUCAUGCCAAACACAGGCUCCCUCCUUCUGCGCACUGUAGGUCCCAAUGGCCAGGUAAGCUGGCAAACCAUUCAGAUCCAGAGUCCACCAGGUGCACAGAUCACCCUGGCCCCAGUGCAGCCUCUCCCGCAGCUUGGCCAGACUCAGGGAGCUCCUGCCGUUGGAGGAGUAUCUGUCAACACAGUGCAGAUCCCGGGUAUUCAGACCAUCAAUUUCAACACACUUGUAAGCUCUGGGUUGCAAAUGCACCAGCUGCAGAGUGUCCCCAUCGCCAUUGCUGGCUCAACAGGAGAGCAGGCAUUACAGACAGGCGGAGACAGUUUGGAAGAUAGCGCAGCUGUGGAUGAUGAGGAUAUAAGUCCAACACCACAAGGACGACGUAAUCGGAGGGAAGCCUGUACUUGCCCUUUCUGCAAGGACGGAGAAGGACGUGACCCAAAUAAAAAGAAGCAGCACAUUUGUCACAUUACUGGCUGUGGAAAGAUCUACGGAAAGACAUCCCAUCUGAGGGCCCACCUCCGCUGGCACACGGGAGAACGACCCUUUGUUUGCGGCUGGUCUUUCUGUGGCAAACGAUUCACCCGUUCAGAUGAACUUCAGCGUCAUAAGAGGACACACACAGGUGAGAAGAAGUUCCUUUGCACAGAGUGUCCUAAACGUUUCAUGCGCAGCGAUCACCUCUCCAAGCACAUCAAGACCCACUUGAACAAGAAAGUAGCAACAGCUGCCACAACCGGCAGCUCCACGGUCUCAACUGACACCGUGUCCCCUGCAGCAGGAACAGAAGCUGGCACCGGAGCAGUGUCAGCCGCUGACCAGCACACCAUUGUCACCAUGGAAACCUUAUCUGCAGACAGCAUUGCUCGAUUAGCCAGCAGUGGGAUCAGUAUGAUGCAGGUGGAUCUUCAGCACAUUAAUGGCAACAGCUACUAAGGACAGUGGAGGAACAGGAAGCCAACCUUGGUGGAAGUGGCAUUUGGACAUGUGGGGUUAAAAAGGGCCCGUCUGACUGCAGGUGCACAACCUUUCAAACACUUCAGACAGGAGAGGUGGUCAAGAUGCAAUGCAACAGACUAUUGAAUUUAACAGAGGCAGGAAUAUGAUUUCCAUUUUGUAUUCAGAUAUCUUGGCAUUUAAUGACCAGAGGUGGAUGAAAUGGAUUAAAUUCUUAGAUUAGGGAUGACGGCAUGAAAUCUUAUUUCCCCUGAAAGGAACUGGCACUACACUAACAUUAGUCCCAAAGACCCAGAUCUUACUUGAUAUUGGGAUUGCAAUAAAACACACAGAGCAGCACAGUUGAUGAAUUGGUAGCUAGAAAUAUUCUCUAGAGGCUUCUUUAGUCAGAGAUGACACUAAAUCAGAUUCUCUCACCCUCGUCUCCGAAUAGCUUUGCUACUUGUCCCUCUUCACCUCAGGUUUUUCAUGCCCUCACACCAGGCUGCUCUAAUAGGCGGACUGACCCGCAUUAGGCCAUAAUAAUUUAUUCCCCCACUGAAUUUAAAAUAUAACCAUCUUUAGUAAAAAAAAAA